AUGUGGAUUGCACUGUGUGCCUGGCCUGUUUCUAUUUUGUUACAAGCCAUAUUACUCUCCAUGGCUGCAAAACAGGUCGCCCAUGUGACUGUUGUGCAUUUUGUCUCAUUAUGUGCAUUGUGCUUGUUGUUGUGGUGUUUGUGUUUGUGCUUUACAUAUUGUGGCACUGUGCUUGGCUUGGUUGAUUAUUUGCAGGAGAAUUCCUUGAAUUGUCUCACCAACCCACUUGCCCAAUGUCCACACUUUCAUGAAGACUCUCCACACCAGUCUUUGUUGUUCUUCACCAUGUGCACUACAGACGCAUUCGUAGAUUUCUGCUCAUGCCUCUUGUGUGGGGAUGAGUCACGGCUUGUUGUCAUCAAUUGA